AUGGCAAUAUACGGCCAACAUGGGGAUCCUAGUAUAACUUUUAGUGCUUUGUUAGGGGACGAUUUUAGUGUGAGGCGUGGGAGUAAGAAGGGCCAAGCCUUAAAACCCCCGGGCAUCAUGCAUAUCCCGGAAAUUCAUGGAGUACAGUAG